AUGGCAGGUCCAGAAAUGAAUGCCCAAUUCCAUUUUUCUGGUAUUAAAAAAAAAUAUUUCAACACUUACACUCCCACAGGGAGAAUGAAUUGUGAACUGGCCACAUGCAGAGGCAUUGCUUUGAUAGUUUGAUACUUCUAGUUAAUGUCUAAAAACUCUCCAGCUGCGAAAGCCACAUAUGAACUCUAA